AAUGAUUUAGCUUUAUAAACAAAAAUGCCGUUCAAUAAUUUGAAUAUAAUUUUCAUUUUACAUAAAAAAGCAUAAAAAAGAAGGGGGUACCUAUUAACUUUCGUACGUUUGCUACUAUGCAAUACGUAUGAAAGCCUCCGAAAAAAAUCGUCGAAAGAGAAUUUAAGACAAAAAUACCAUAUGCGCAUUAUUAUGAAUUGUUAUGAAUGGUAAAAAUUUUUUGCUUUUUGUAAUGAAAGUACAGAGGAAAAUUAAUUUUUUUUUACUCAAAUUAAUCCAUUUGAAUUAAAAAAUGUUUGAAUUAUUGCGACAAGGUCUCUCGACUUCAAGAAGACCACUUUUUUACUGGCUCACAGCUGUAUUCAACAGUGUUUCUAAGAAAAGAAUUAAAGAAGUUGGUCCAGAUAUUGCUUGUGCAGAGUGGCUACUCCGAAAUGGUGCAAGUGUCAAAUGGAAAAAUUCAACCAAUUACUCAAAUGAUUAUAAUUCACUUGUGGCAAAUGUUGACAUGACUAAAAAAAUUCAGGGUGUUGAUGCAACUGAUUCAGGAAUAAGUCAUGAUGGUUUUCCACAUUUUGAAAAUUGUAAAUUUAUUGAAGACAUGAAGCUUGUUAAUUGUGUUUAUAUUGGAGACAAUGCACUUGACCAUCUUGAUCUGUUAGAAAGCAGUCUGAAAAAUCUUGAAAUAAGCAACUGUGGUAACGUAACAGACAAAGGUCUUGGAAGUCUAAAAAAACUUUCGAACUUGAAGAUACUAAAAUUAUCAAAACUUCAAGCAAUACAAGAUCUCAAAAUGGCUCAAAAUAAUCUCACAAAAUCUCUUCCAAAUUGUCAAAUUAUUAUCGAAUAAAUUAUCCUCCUUUUUCUAGUACUUAUAAACAAUCAAAAAAUAUUGAUUAAAAAUAUUUUAAUAUAAUAUAUCUGCACAGGCGUAUUGUAGAUACAAAAAAUUAACAUAUAAAUUAAAUUAUUUUCUAAAAAUCAUCCUGCUCAUCUUAAUCGUCCUAAAAUCAGCCAAAUAAAAAAAUAUUGUAGAGGAUUGCUGAAUCUAAAUCACAACGAAACUAAUUUAUUAAUUUAUUUAUUAUGUAUAUAUCCUGUGACCCAAAAAAUGAUGAUACAUUUCGUAAAAUUUCGUUGGAGAAAUCAAGUGUAGAUCACCCUGAAAAAUCCAAGUAUAUUUCGAUUGUUUUGUUUCGUUUAUUUAUUUUUUCUUUAAAUAAUAAAUAAUAAUAUGGAAUUGUUUUUUUUUUUUUUUAAAUUUAUAUAUGAAUAAAUUACAUGUAUAACUAAACCACCAACACGAUGAUCUUUAUUAUUAUUAUUAUUAAUUGUUUUUAUUUUCGUUUUCAUCUCUCCUCCUAAAUUAUUUAAGUGCUCUUUUUAUAAGAUUAUUUUAGUGGUAAUAUUUUAAUUUAAAUUAAUAUUAAUUUAAUAAAUUUUUAUUUAAGUAACAUUGUAGAGAAACACCAUUUAUGUCAGUGUUAAUAAUAAUUAUUUUCACAUUAAAUCACACAUUUGUUCUUUUUUUAAUUGGCAAGUGCAAACCGAUUGUAAUUAUUAUUUUUAUUAUCAUUUAUAAAUUCAUGCUUUUGUAAUGUAAUUCAAGUGGUGUUGACGUUUUUUUUUUUUUUUUUAAAUUUUAUUUAUUUAUUAAUUUAUCAUUCUCAAAUACAGUUGUUUCAUUAUUCCAUCAUUUAAAGAAGUAAAAUUAAAUUAUCACCAAAAAAAAAUCAGAAGAAAAGCUCAAUAAAUUGUUGAUUAAAAAGAAAAGGAAUGUCGAGGAUUAAUUCUGUAUUGUUAAUAAUAUUUAAUUUUAUUUAUAAAUGUAAUAUAUGCAAUUAAAUUUGGCAUUCAAUUCAAGAAACAGAGGCAUUUUUAUUUAUUUUUUUUUUUCAUACGAAGAAUAAAGAAAAAAGAGAAUUAUUUAUUAAGAAAUAUUUAUCACGUUUAUCCUUUUUUUUUUUCUUCAAAAAAAAGCUUCAACGGAUAUUUUUUUUACUACAAUUUUUUAGAUUAACGUUUAACGUUUCUUUAUUUUUUUUUUUCAUACAGUUAUCCUCUUGUGCAUUACUUAUAUAAAUUAAAUAGCUAAACAAUGGUUUUUUUUUUGUAACUAUACUAUUUGAUAAUAAGAUACAGAGGAAAUUAAUAAACAAGGGUCAAGGAAACCUGCAGUCAAGAUAUUGAUAAACCCACUUGAAUAGACACAAUAACGAUUUAAUUGUUCAUCUACAAUUUGAGAAAAAAAAAAACAAAAAAAAAUUAAUAAAAAUAAAAAAAAAAAACAACAACAACGAGCUAUAAAUUUCAUUUAAAGUUUUUUUUUUUUUUAAUUAGCUUAUAAUUUUUUUGUCUUUAAUUGAAUCUUUAUGAAUUUUUCAUAUUAAUAUUUGUAUGUGUGUGUGUAAGUGUGUGUGUGUAUUUGUUGUGUGUUAAAAAAUGUAGAACAAGUUAAUUUUUUAAAAAUUUUUAGAUGGAGGAUGGAGGCACAGUGCCCCUCGAUACACGUAACAAUAAUGAGCAUAAAUUUUUUUUUUUUUAAUUAUAUCAUUUAUAUAUUGUUUUUUACUUUUUUUUUUUUUUUUUUUAAUAUUACUUUCUUAACUUAAAAAAGAAAGGUGUUUUUUAUUUAAUUUUUUUUUUUUCUUUUUCUAAUAAUUUAAAUUUAGUUUACACAUAAUAGGUAAAUAUUUUUUUUUUUUUUUUUUGCUUUGUUCUUUUCUUAAAAAAAAUGUACACUCGGAACAAAAAUUGAUGAAUUCACAACCGCUGACGAUUUAACGGUAUGAUUUCAUUUAUAAUAAUUAAUUAUUUUUUAACAUUAAGUUACUAGAAAUUGAUGGGAAAUGAGAGGGUGACGAGAUAAGGGAGGGAACGAAGAAAGGUGGUGCUAUAAAUUUAUCGGAAAUUACUCGAAUUUUUUUAGUUUUUUUUUUUUUUUACUUUACUUUCUGCUGUUUUUUUUUUUGUUUCCGUUAUUUUUACAAUUUAUGUUUUUUUUUAAUUUUUAUUAUUUCUUCAACGUAAAGAGAUAGAUUUUGGAAAUGAAAAAAAAAAAAAAAAAGGCAGAUUGAUUUUUUUUUAAUUAUUAUUAUUUUUUUAAAUAAUGGAAGCGGACAGUGAAUUUUAUCAACGAAUAUUACGUGUGAACACCAUUUUUAAUUAUUUUUUUUUUCCCGUUUCAAUGAUGCCAUUUCCACUCACUGAUAGUUUUAAAUUUAUCAUGGGUGUUUAUACAAUUUAUGCAAAACACAAUAAUUUUUGUUUAUUUUUUUAAAUUUAAUUUAAUUAAGUUUUCAAAACAGCAUUAACGAUGAAAUGGAUUUAACGAAUUUUUUA